GCUCGUUCCCGCUCCGUUCCCGUUCCCGUUCCCGUUCCCUCGCUGUGGAGGGUGCGCUGUGCACGGCGAGCCCGGCCCCUCCAGCCCCUCCAGCCCCUCCAGCCCCUCCGGCUGACCCCAACCCCAACCCCAACCCCGGGCCGGGCCGGGGCUCCGCUCGCUGCCAGCGGGGCAACGGCCCCGAGCGCCGUGCAGUCAGCACCGCUCCGCGCCCCGAGGAUUUCCUCGGUUUCGCUGGGAGGCUGAGGAAUGUCUCGCACUAACCACAUCCAGAUGUGCCUACUUGGCAGCCCGCUGCCGAGACAUUACCGAGGGGACGCAGGAUCAGCGCUAUCAAAUGGGAUAUGGACAGUGGUGCCAGGCAGCUCAAACACAGCUUUUAACAGUCCCAGGAACACCGGAGAGACAAUGAGAGUUCGCCUCAAAGGGGAUGCGRUCUGUACCCUCUUCUUGCUGGUAGCACUUUGCUCUUUGCUCUACUCCCAACUGGAACAUUUAAUCCUGGCAGGGAAGAAGGAGCCAACACAGAAAAAGCCUCCAGGAGCACCGAAAAUAUUCUCAGAUCCCAGAGCCCCUCGGAGACCGACGCCAGCAGAGGCAACUGCACCCARACCCCAAGGCACCCCUGUCAUGAGACAAACAGAAGUGGCCAAAACCAGAACCCAAACUACAACUCCACCCCCACUGACUGAUUCUGCCUUCGAUUUCAAGCUCUAUCUCCUAAACAAGGAUAACAGGAACUUCAAUCUCCUCAUUAACCAGCCCAGGAAAUGCCAAAAAACACCGGGAGGUCCCUUUCUGCUSAUUGCUAUCAAAUCAGUAGUUGAAGACUUUGACAGGCGUGAGAUUGUCCGGAAAACCUGGGGCAGGGAGGGGUUGGUGAAUGGGGAGCAGAUCCAGCGAGUGUUCCUGCUGGGAACACCAAAGAAUAGGACAGCRCUGGCAACGUGGGAGACCCUGAUCCACCAGGAGAGUCAGACGUACCGGGACAUUUUACUCUGGGACUUCAUGGACACUUUCUUCAACCUGACCCUGAAGGAGAUCCACUUCCUCAGCUGGGCUGCUGAAUUCUGCCACAACGUGAAAUUUGUUUUUAAAGGGGACGCUGAUGUGUUUGUCAAUGUGGAGAACAUUGUUGAUUUCCUCAAGAGACACGAUCCCACUGAAGAUCUCUUUGUUGGAGACAUCAUCUACAAUGCCCGCCCCAUCCGUGUCCGGAAGAGCAAAUACUACAUCCCAGAGACCAUGUAUGGGCUGAGCAUCUACCCAGCCUACGCAGGAGGAGGGGGCUUUUUGCUGUCCAGCCGCACCAUGAGGAGGCUCUCCAGGGCUUGCAGAGAGGUGGAGCUGUUCCCCAUCGAYGAUGUCUUUUUGGGCAUGUGCUUACAGAGAAUCAACCUCAAGCCCAUUUUACACGAAGGAUUCAAGACCUUUGGCAUUGUCAAGCCUUCUGCUGCCCCUCACCUACAGACAUUUGAUCCCUGUUUUUACAAGGAUCUCAUGGUAGUUCAUAGCCUGAAAGUGGCUGAGAUCUGGCUGAUGUGGAACCUGCUCCACAGCCCACGGCUUUCCUGUACUCAGAAGAAGCAGGUGAAGAAGCCYUUCCAGUGGAAGAAGAAAGCUCAGAUAACAACACCAGCAUCACCCCGCAGAUAACGCAGAGUGCAGCACUCACAGCAAACCAGCCCAGAAAGGGAACCUGGAACCAGCACAGCCCAACAAACCAACUUUCUGAGCAUUCUAGCACAUCUUAUUUACAAUGUUAAGAGAAGACAACAAACAAUUGGAGGAAUUUUCCCAAAUUCCAUAUUUGCACAUACAUAUCAUGUGGAUCCUUUUGUACUAGUGAGUCCAAAUAAUCAAACAGUAUAUAUAAUUUAUUGCUAUUUAUUAGGAUUAUAAUAGUGUUUAGUGUGUAAAAGCACAUUGAAAAAUGCAGUUCUUGGAGAUUUUUCAGCAUUGUUGGAAGUGUGGGAAAUGAAAGAAGACACAGGGUAAGAACAGACACCAGGGAACACAGGGAUCGUUGUCAACUUGCUACUUGACUUGGACUCAUUGAAAAAGGACCAAACAGUAACCAGGGCAAAGGAAAUCAAGGAAGGAUCACAAGGUGAUCUGCUCAGAUCACAUCACUGCUGCCUGGUUGGUUUUCUGCAGGCUUCAUUUAAGAAGAGAACAACAAACAGCUGUUGCUAUGGGAUCCUGCACAUUGCAGUUCAGGUGGAUUAUGAGAAAUCAAACUGGAUGCCAAGGCUGGUGUGGCUGCUUGAGCAAAGGACAGGUAAGUAGAAAACUAGAAAGGAGCAGACUUACAAAGGRCCUUUAGAGAAAGGACAAGAACUUUGAGUUGACCCAUUUGAGUCUUGAUCUUGCACUGUUUACUCUCAGUUCAAGUAUCUGCUCCAUUGACACGCUCAAAACUCAGGGGACCAGUGGGGUCCAGGUUUUGGCACUUCCCUGGGCUCAGGCUCUCUGCACUAUGUUAACUAACAUUCAGGGAAAACUCAAAAGUCAUCCAACAGUAUUUGAUUCCUCUCACCAUCUGACCCAGAUUUUCAGAGAAUUUUCAUCUGGAGAGAUCCUUUGGGAAGGGGAACCCCACAGGGAGCUGCUGCUUGCGUCACAUUUGGGAACUGCUGCAAACCAAAGSACUUGUCAAUGGACUGGGCUGGUUUCUACAGACCUUGGUGCUCUUGCUUGGCACAAUCAGCUGCAGAGAGCAGCCAGGACUUUCAUACUGCUGCCGGUGUCAUGUGAAGGGAGAAAGUUUUUAGACAAAAGGACUUCAGAAUWGAAGUCCAUCUAAAUUUAUGGCAAGAUAUCAAAACCACACAGCACUCUCUGCAGGGCUUUCCAAGGUUCAUUUGGGAACUCUGUAAGUAUUUUAAGCAUCCGACAAGAACACUGAAUUGUUCAGUUUUUUAAAGUAUAGUCAAUACUUUGAUGCAUUUUGUUUUUUUUCCAACAGCAGACCUUAAAAGAAUAGCUUAAAAGACUACACUUUUUUCAGACAUCAAAGCAGAAAGAAAUUCCUCUAAAAGAGGGUUAAAAAGCUAUGAAAUCCAUGGGGCAAAAGGCCUGAAUUCACCUCUGAUACUAUAUUUGUUACUUCUUUUGCAAUUCCCUCCCUCUCAACAAAACUCCUGUCCAUCAGAGAACCCUGUGGGAUGGCACAUCCACACAGCUUCAAAGGAAACUACAAUCAGCCAUAAAAGCCCAGAGUUGCUUUGCCUUGCACAGAGCCUGUGGCACAGCUGCAUUUCAUAUSCUUGUGUAACCUCCCUCCCACCCUGCAGCAGUUUGGGCUCAGUACUAACAAUGCACAAAGAGAACAGCAGGCUGGGAGUGUCGCUGGGCAGACUGAACAACAGCCUCACACACUGUUCAUCUUCAUCAUGAGUUUAAGCCUUACAACAAUGUAUUUCCAAGGAAAGGUCAGCAAUAUAGAAAUGGAAAGAUUUCCACAUCUGGGACAUUUUCAGGAUGCGAUCCUGAAAUACAAAAUCUUUACAUGAGCUUCACARGAAGCUUUGCAGGGUGUGGAACUAAGCUAAAGCCUCACUGGUAGGAGAAAGUCACCCCUGCCCCUGUCUGCUAACAUGUGUGGUACUUGUGUAUUUAUGAGAUUGCACAGAAAUGUAUUACCUGUGACUAGUUUACAGUUUGGGAAAUUAUUUAUACCAGCAUUAAAAGACAGCAUGCUGAUGUGCCUCUAGUUGUC